AUGAGUUACUCAAAGUUGCUUCUGCUCUUGUUUGGAUUUGUAGUUCUGAUCACUCCAUCUCUCUCGGAAUACCAUGACCAACCUAAGCCACCCACCAGCCCCACUUACAAGCCCCCAUCAGCUCCCGUUAAGAAACCACCACCCCCAAUUUACACACCACCACAAAACAAACCUCCAACCAAAUUACCACCACCCCAUUAUUACAAACCAAUUGUGCCUCCCAGAGAAUUGAGGAGCCCACCGCCUUAUAAGAAGCCAUCACCGACUCUGCCACCUCCUGUUGUCGCCAAACCACCACCUCAACACAAGCCAACACCAGCUACUGGUCACUAUCCGGGACACCCUCCAUCGAAGAACCCUGAGCACAAGCACAAGCCGGAAGGAAAGUUUGUCCCACCUUCGACUCCAUACAAGAAGCCGCCAAGAGCAUACAAGCCGCCGCACAAGCCCCCAACUCCACCUAACCAUUAUUGA